UCAGUGCUUCCAGAUCUUCCAUGGUCUAGCUUCAAUUGACUCAUGAUUUCAACUAUGAAAAAAAAACUGAAAUCUCCACAAAAAACCCCUUCUAAUUAUAAUGCUCAUUAGUGACUGACUUCAAGAUACAUGUCCUAGAGUUCUAGUGGGAAGCAGUGACCGGUAGAGUUCAGCCACUUCUGUUGUGAGAAAACAACUCACUGAAUACGAUUGGUGAACGGUUGCUUAAGCUUCGUGGAUUGAUUGGAGCUAGACAUUAACACCGUUGGUUACCGGCUCAGUGGUCUAGUGGUUAAGCGCUUGCACGCAAAACUGAUAGGUCCUUGGGUUUGAAUCUCGCUAGACGGAAUCGUAGAUACACCCUAUUGAGUAGUCUUGUAAUAAAACAAAACGACCGUCCAGUUCUCCCAGGUAUUUCAUGGUGGUCUAACUUCAAUUGAUUCAUGAUCUAAACUAUUAAAAUUAUUAUGCAUUAGUUAAAACUGAUAAAUUAUAUCAUUCCCCCCUUUUUUUUCCUACAACCUACUUAUUAUUUAUUAUAAAUUGAUAGCCAUACAUUUUGGAUUUUGUUUAUAUUUAAAUAUAAAAAUUAAAAAAAAUAAAAAAAUGUUACCGAUUUCAUGUUGCAAGUGUAAUGCUAAUUAAAUUUAUGUUACCUAUUAGGAUUAAUUAUAAAGUAAACAUUUGAUAUUGUUUAUAUUAAUGUAUGUUGAAAUAUCAAUGAACAGUUUUAUUAAGGUAUUUUGUAUAUUAAAUCAGUUAAUGAUGUUAGAUUAAAGGGGGGGGUUGGAGGUUUGUUGCCAUAGUAAUAUUAUACACAAAUUAAAUAGUUGAAGUUAUUUUAUAGUAAGUUAAUCUAUAACACGGAAUACAAUGGAUAUCACAGAAUCAAUUAGACGAUUUGAACUUUACAGAUAACUUAGACCUCCUAUCUCAUACACACGAACAAAUACAGACGAAGACAACUAAUGUAGCAACAGCCUUUGCAUUAAUACGCCUCAGUAUACACAACGGAAAAAGCAAGAUUUUCAAAUACAACACGGAGAACACUAACCUAAUCACACUUGAUGGAGAAACUUUAGAACAUGUAGAAAUAUUUAUGUACCUGGUCAACAACAUCAUUGGUGAACAAGGAGGAUCUGACGCAGGUGUUAAGGCGAGGAUUAUGAAAGCAGGGACCACAUUCCUACAAUUUAUAGAAUAUAUGCAACUCAAAACAACUGUCUGGAUGUAAAAAUCAAAGUCAGAAGCUUCAAUACUUAUGUUAAGAUAAUUCUACCGUAUGGAACUGAAACAUAGAGAACCACUACAUCCAUCGUCAAGAAGAUACAAGUAUUUAUAAAUAGUUGUUUUCGCAAAAUGUUCAACAUUCAGUGGGAUGCCGUCAGCAACAAACUAAUGUAAGAGAAAACGAACCAACUUUCAUAUGACGAGGAAAUCGGAAAAACAUGUUAGAAGUGGAUAGAGCACACAUUGAGGAAAUCAUCAAACUGCAUCAUGAGACAAGCACUAACUUGGAAUCAUGAAGGGGAACGGGAAAGUGGAAGGUCAAACAACAUACUGUUUCGGGAAUCGGUGAAUUUCUUAAAUCGUACUAGUGCUACACUUAGUAUCAAUCAUUGGGUUGAUCAACAGUCAAAUGGUUUAUUGGAAAAAUUCUUUAUGAAUGAUAUACCAGAUGAUAUUGGAAUGAUAUUGGUAAAUGUUUUUUAUUUUAGAGAUUUUUGGGAAAGUCCAUUUGAGCCUCAUUAUACUAAGAUGGAGAAUUUUGAUAUUUCACCAAGUCGUCAACUUAAAGUUCCUAUGAUGAUGAAAGAAGAAGUACUGCAUUAUGGAAAAUUCGAACAUGAAGGAUUUGAAAUCGUCAGUAAACCAUUAAAUAAUACACGUUUCACAUUUGUUGUCGUAUUACCUCUUGAAAAAUGGUCGCUCAAUGGUGCCAUGGAACUUUUGAAUGGCAAUAAAAUUUUAAGUGAAUAUAUAAAUAAAUUAAAAGAAACUGCAGUAUCAUUAAGAUUACCAAAAUUUACAUUGAAAAAUACACUUGAUCAUGUGCAAACAUUAAAAUCUAUGGGUAUUGUCGAUUUGUUUAAUCCAGUAGCAGCUAAUCUAUCAGGAAUCACCCAUAAUCAUCAAUUAUAUGUCAAUAAAUUUAUGCAAACUAAUUUAUUAAAAUUAAAUGAAAGUGGUAUUGAAGCAACCACUGUUACAUCACCUAUAUUUGUACCGAUUUCAGCUAUAUUACCAGAUAUUGAUUUUAAUGUAAAUCAUCCAUUUAUAUGCUUUAUAUAUGAUCAACAAUUAACAAUGCCUAUUAUAGCUGCUAAAAUUAUUGAACCAAUUAUAUCAUCAUAAUUGAAUUGAAUUAUAUCACUGGUUGCCAUAGUAACUAUUUGUUUGAAUGUAAUUCAUUUUAUAUUGUUUUUAAUGAAUUAAUUAAUUAAUAAAGAUUAUUGAUUGUUAUUAUCAUUUAUUAAAGUUGUAUAAUUGAUUGGUCAUUUGGUGGUGAUGAUCAAUAACAUGUAUGUAAGUUCUGUAG